CACAAAUGUCGUCAAUUUAAACAAUUGUGCUUUUAUUGGCCAAAAACGAGUCCAAUGGCUGUUACUACGUAUUUUAUUUUGAAAAUCCAGCCACCGGAAGCAUUAUUUAUCAGUCAUACUGGCGUCUUGACAGCAGCGUUAACACAGGCACAUCAGCUGUACAUGCGAGAGGAAUACUGACCUAAUUAACUGUACAGAGGACAACAACAACAACGACGACACAACACACCUCAGCCACCGAGCGACGUGAAUGCCGUUUUACUUGUAACUCAGCCAGAAGAAACUGUGCGUGGGACUUGGUGUCAUUACAAAGAGAGCUCCACCAACCUGUCUGCCUAGAAGCCAAUACGGAGCUGACAAGCGAGCUAUUGACUGCUGCGACUGAGAGAUUGGACGAGGAGGAAGAAACAGCCAGAGAGAGAGAGAAAGAGAGAGAGAGAGAGAGAGAAUUGUCCUCUUCGGGUAUAAGGGGGGUUUUUGGUCACAGAGAUCAUUGUUUUGCAGAAGCUUCUCAAGGGAAAAGUAGCCAUUGCAACGGCUAUAAUGGCCAAGCUGUCAUCAGCCCAGGUGACCGAGUGCACCUGAGCUUUACUGCUGCCGCACACACUCAAAGUCACCACCAGCCUGUGGGCAUUUGCUGCGCAGUUAAAAAGCAAAUCUGCUUUGUUGUAGAUUGAAAAACGUGACUGAAUCCCUCACUUAUUAUUUUUUUUUUUUUUUGCCCGGAUUUAUUUUUACCUAGAGCUUUUUUCCUGUUUUGGUGGCUUACCUGGGAGAGAAAAACAAGCACAAGGAGGACUAAUGACGUUACGGAUGACUGUUUGUGGAUUUGGGAUUUACUGAGCUGUUGAUUAUAGCACACGAGGAGCCUGCUGCGGCUCAAGCGUCCAUGUGCAGGAAUGUAGAUCCACGUAUGGAGGCACAGCAUACAGCGUAGUGUUUAAGCGGCUGAGCCUGUGAAGUUCCCGGAGACGGCCAUGUUGAAUCUCUUCCUCAGAGUGCUGGUGUUGACCCGUCUUCACCCGUCACCUCACAGCACCUGGCUGCCAACCUAACUCCCUGCUCCCUCUCUCUUCACGCAUCUCUUUCUUCCACCGCCUCACUGGGAGAAAGGUCCUUGGUCAUUGUGAAAAAUGCCCUAUGCACACCACAAGCUGCUCACCUGGAGCUUACCUCACCUCCUCCUCCUCCCGCUGACCUACCUCUUGCUCUUGGCUUCUCCCACAGGUGUGUCAGCAAAUCUCUGCAGGGUGACCGGCGGGGUGCUGGGGAUCCACUGGAGCAGCAUCGUCAGCCUAGGAUGGCACUCGCUGGCGAAUGGGCGAGGCGGGGCGACAUGCUGGGAGUCCUGUUGCUUGAAUCCGAGCUGCAAUGCCGUUUGGAGCCUUGGCGGGCAGUGUGUGCUUCUCAGCUGCUCGCGGCGAAGGGGCUGCCCGAUCAACACCCUGCCCCAACCCCACCAGGAGUCCCUUGGCCUCCUACAGCUGCUCUCAAAGAGUCCCGUCUUAACAGCAAGACGUAGAAGAGCUCGUCAGGCACAGCAUGCAGGAGGCCACGCGCCGCGCACAGGACCCUUUACCAGCACGGAAAGUCCCAAACUGGAAACACCUGACCCGACUCCAACCAUCCCCAGCACCAUCACACUUCUCCAAACAGCCCAAAAGAACCUCAGCCAGUUGACCAAUGGGAGUUCAGACAUCGCUCCAGCUUCAUCACAACAGAACUCAACGGUGGACAACACCGCCGGUACUGUUGCGUCUUCCAAUAGCAGUGAGGUCAGCGUAACCACAGCGACUGCAACUGCGAUCAUCACAACUCCAACUCCAGCUGUGAGGGAGCUUGUGGUGUCAGCAGGAGAAAGUGUGGAGGUCACACUGCCCCGCAACGAUAUCGAGCUCAACGCCUUCGUCGUCCCAACGCCCUCGCCAGGGACAAACUAUGCAUUUGACUGGCGUCUGAUAACUCAUCCCAAAGAUUACAGUGGGGAGAUGGAAGGGAAGCACAGCAAGACGCUUAAACUCAGCAAGCUGACUGUGGGCCUGUAUGAGUUUGAGGUGAUGGUGGACGGCGACGGAGCCCAUGGAGAAGGUUAUGUCAAUGUCACAGUCAAACCAGAGCCCCGGGUAAACAAGCGACCUGUUGCCGUAGUUUCCCCAAAGUUCCAGGAGAUCUCCUUGCCAACCAGCUCCACGGUCAUAGACGGCAGCCAGAGCACAGACGAUGACAAGGUGGUGGCGUGGCACUGGGAAGAGGUUAAAGGUCCCCUGAGGGAGGAGAAGGUCUCUGCCGACACGCCUGUCCUCACACUCACCAGUCUGGUGCCUGGAAACUACACAUUUAGUUUGACAGUGACUGACUCAGACGGAGCUACAAACUCGACACAAGCCACACUCUUAGUCAACAAAGCCAAGGAUUACCGGCCUGUGGCCAAUGCGGGCCCUAACCAGGUCAUCCAGUUGCCACGCAACUCCAUCACUCUGUACGGCAACCAAAGCACAGAUGACCAUGACUCCCUGUCCUAUGAGUGGUCCCUCAGCCCCGAGAGCAAAGACAAGGUGGUAGAGAUGCAGGGCGUACGGACGCCGAUCUUGCAGCUGUCUGCCAUGCAGGAGGGAGACUACACCUUCCAGCUGACUGUGACAGACUCAGCUGGACAGCAGGACACCGCUCAGGUCACCGUCAUUGUGCAGCCAGAAAACAACAAACCACCAGUAGCAGAUGCAGGACCGGAGAAAGAACUGACGCUGCCUGUCGAUCGAACCACGCUGGAUGGCAGUAAGAGCAGAGAUGACCAGAAGAUCGCCACAUACCACUGGAGACAAACCAAGGGUCCUGAUGGUGUGAAGAUUGAAAAUGCAGACAGCGCUGUUGCCACGGUGACAGGUCUUGAGGUCGGCACGUACCAGUUCACCCUGACCGUAACUGAUGAGAGAAAGCUACAGAGCAGCGACACUGUCACGGUCAUCGUCAGAGAAGAACUGGACCAGCCGCCAGUGGCUCAUGUUGUGUCGAGUCAGCCCAUCGCUCUGCCUGUCAGGACCGUCACACUGGAUGGAUCUCACUCCACCGAUGACAAAGGUGGAGUCAGCUACCUGUGGACAAGAGAUGAUAGCAGCCCUGCUGCUGGGGAUGUACUGAACAACUCUGACCACCAGGCAGUGCUGUUUUUGGGAAACCUGGUGGAGGGGAAGUACAGUUUCACCCUGACUGUCACUGACAGUAAGGGACAGACCAGCACGGACACGGGCACAGUGGAGGUCAAACCAGACAUAUGGGAGCGUGACCUGGUGGAGCUGGUGCUGGAGGUCUCCGUAUCCCAGGUCUCCCACCGCCAGCGCGACAUGCUGCUGCGCCAGGUCGGGGUUUUACUGGGCGUGCUUGACAGCGACAUCAUUGUGCGAGAGAUUAGUGCGUUUAAUGAGCACAGUACUCGUUUGGUCUUCCUGGUGUCAGGCGGUCCAGGGCGCCCUCCUCUGUCCGGCCGUAACGUUGCACUGGGCCUCCGCAACAAACUGCGCAAACAGAAGAAUGACUUUCUCAUCUACAAGGCCCGACGAGUGGAUACAGUCAUCUGCCAGCUGAACUGCUCGAGUCACGGCGAGUGUGACUCGUUCACUCGGCGGUGUGUCUGCCACCCUUUCUGGAUGGAGAAUUUCAUCAGAGCUCAGCUGGGAGACGCAGAGAGCAACUGUGAGUGGAGUGUACUCUAUGUGACUAUAGCAUCCUUCAUGAUUGUGGUUGCUAUAGCAACAGUUGUCUGGGGGAUGGUGUGUUGCUGCAACAGGCGUAAGAGCAAAGUGCGCAGAAGCAAAAGCAGAUAUAAAAUGCUAGAAGCUGAUGAGCAAGACAGUCUGGAGCUACAGCCACCAAGAGCUGCCCGCAUGAAGCCGGUGCCUGCUCCCACCUCCUCCGCACUCAUGCACUCGGACUCUGACCUGGACAGUGAUGACGGGCAGGGCGGGGUCCCGUGGACGGAGCAGGAGCGCGGGCAUCUCCUGCGGCCCCAGAACGGCUCCCUGAGGAACGGUCAGGGGCCAGUGAGGGGCAAAAAGCAAAGAGAAGAGCUGCUAUAGCAACAGAGGAGGGGGGGAGCUCGCUGCUGCUGCUGCUGCCCUCGCACACACACACCUCCUCCUGCUGUCACACCCCCUCUGCUCCUCACUCUUCCUGUUUUGUUGUUGUUUUUCAACACAGAAACCUCACACUUCUCAUCCAUGAAGACAGACUGUGUGAUACCUGGAUUAAGGAAGGAAAAAGAGGAAAAAACAUGCUGGAAACAUGUUGUCCCACUUUUACUGAAAAUACACCACUGUACUGACAUUUCCCUGCUCCCACACUGAGCCACUGCGGAGGAAACACAAGCUCCCGGAGAAACGGGGGUGAUGCUGUGUUUUGAAUGGUGUAAAAACACAACAUAGACCCCUAUAAUUUAACACAGAGACAUAACGAAUGUACUGUUACCCCUUAUGGCGCACGAAGUAGCCUGAAUUACUUUAUGGAUUUAAAAACUCUGCUUCAACGACACGAAAACCAGCCACUUGACACGCUCACACCUUGCCUCUCGUAGACACGCAUGUACGCACACAAAGACGUCGUAUUCACACUGUUCCAGGUCAAACUGAUGCUACCAAACACUGCCAUGUAAAAACCAAUGGUCAACUCUGAUGAUUUUUGCUCGUGGCUGACACGGUGACUCGUCGGAAAGGAAAAACAACCAAAACAAGAGCUACCAACAGCAAUGGACUCUCCUCCAAAUAACAAAAAAAAAGUGCAUGAAGAGUGACAGGUUGCAGUUCUGGUACAAUUUGAUACUGGAAUGAUCGUCUGCAUGUUUGUGUGUUGGGUGUAUGUGUGGAUUUUUUUCUGGCUGCUGUGUCAAAAGAUGUUUCUUCAGAGCCGUUUCUAUGUUUUUAUUUCUGUUAUUAACCCAUGGAAGAGUCGCAAAGUUGUCAGUAAUGGCAGUCAGAGGCAGAAGAUCCUUUAAAAGACGUGCUUUUAUUCUGAAAUGUCUGGGACACACUGGAAUACACAACACUAAUGAGUUUAGUCUCGACGGAGACGAUAACGAGGAGAACUUCACGACACAACGAAUCCUCUCUCACCUCGACAUUAAUUAAUGAAAUGCUUGCUUGAACCAUGAAGACCACUUAAGUUUUUUGUGUGUGUUUUUUUUUAAACAACCUUCAGGCUGUGAUUAGAUGUCGAUGCACUUUGAUUUCAUGUCUGUCAGCUUCAUUUUAUCACGUGUUGAUUGAAAAGGGAGAUCUGUGAUGGUUAAAGUUGGAAAAGUUCAGCCACAAACUUAACUUGACUGCAUCCAAAAUGAAGGAAAAUCUCCUUGACUUUAAAGGGACAGUUUGCCCCAAAAUCAAAACACAUAUUUUUCCUCUUACCUAAAGUACUAUUUAUCAGUCUAGACUGUUUUGUUGUCAGUUGCAGAGUGUUUACAAUCUUUAGUCUAUUGGAAAAAGUCAUAAAUUUGGCUUCAAACCUGACUUUGCUGUCAUGUGCAGGACUCUCUCAUCCAUCAUCAGAUGCAAGCUUUCAGCUGCGAGUUGAUGCAGUUAGCAGGUGUAGUUCAGGAUAGAGAAAAUAGUUCCUACAUGAAGCUGCUCACAACAAGAUCUGUGGAUUAUCUUGAGUCACUGUGUCAUGAUUUCUGGAAAGAACACUGAAGUUGGUGUUUUCAAAUGUAUUUUCUGGUGCUUUGAGCACCACAAGCCCAGUGACAUCGAAUUAGUUCCAUUUUAUUUGAGCGAAGGCAGACAUCUCCACGCCUGAUAUCUUCAACACCCAAUAACUCACACCAAAAUAAUCUAGACUACUAAAUAGCACUACAGGUACGAGGAAAAAUAUGUUUUUUUUAUUCUGGAGUAAAAGAUGUGUUUUCACAAAUUUGAAUGCAGCUUAAGUCCAGAAGGACCUCAGUUAUUGGUGCGUACCUGUAGGCUUGAAGUGAAAAGGAUGGUGUAAGUUCGCAAAGUGGGACUUUGUAAUCUGUGAGGUAAUUUUGCAGAUUUCUGUGCAAUUUUAGCAACCACUUCUAAUCUGUGUGGCUUCAAAUAGAAUGAGCAAUUUUAUCCAUGCUUUCCUUUUGGCACAGUUUAUUCAAUUUGGGGAUUAUUAAAAUUACGCAAAAAGGAAAUCCAUGUUCAACAAAAAUUAGACAUUUAAACAGCCAUCACUGAACUUCCAUAUGGGAUGAAAGUGAGUUGUUCGUCUUGACAGACCUGAAACUGUUUUAAAAACUAAUUUUGUCUUCCCACAUACGUGAUGAGAAGGUUAAUCUGUGGGGUGUUUUGCCAUAAAUAUAACAAGAAAAGGACACAAAGGAAGUCUGUAGGAACACAGACUUAUCCGUGUUUACUGUGUGUGUAUCAGUGACGGGUGUUUUUGCACUGAGGGAAAACUUUAACCAAAAAACUUCCCUGUAACAUCUCAGUCUGUGAUUGUUUUGCAUGUGAAACUGGCCACAUUUUGAGUCUCUUUUUCAUUUGUUCUUUCUGUUGAAUGUUAAAAGGGGUACACCAUUGAUUCACUUCAACUUGUACUCUGUGUGAAAUAAGCAAUCAUUGAAAAAUUCUGCAAAAAAUGUCUUUUUCUUUUAAGUCCUCUCAUGCUGAUGUCAGUUCUGCUGCACUAGUUUAGCACCCGGUGGUCAUCAGACCAGGGCCGAUAUUUAGAAAAUAAUAGAUUUUAUUCAGAGUAGCUGAAUUUAUCUGGUCUUCUUUUGCCGACUGGUGUGAGGCAAACUAAAUUGAAAGUGCACCCAAGUGCCCUCUCUUGUGAAUUAUAUUUUACAACACUUUAAAAUAAUGUUAUAUUCUUCCCAUGUUUUUUGCACAUCAUAGAAAAAAGGUCUUUGGAAUAAUUGCCAAAAUUGAAUUCACUCUCAUUUCUAGUUUAUCUGUGCACAUUUUCACUGCGAAAAAAAAGUCACUGUAAAAAGAAAUAAAAAGAUAUUUUAUGGUUAAUUCUAGACCAAUCUGACAAUUCAAAAUUAAACGUUUCUUCUGUUACAUGUAACAUUUGCAAGAAUUGAGUGAAUCGACCUCGACUCUGACGGAGUCCACUGUGAAGGCGGAUAGAGGGAAUGCGGAGCUAAAUGAAGGGAGUUUAAUUUAAGAUGCUUUAGAUCAGCUUUUAGUGAAGGAUUUCCACCCUUCCUUUCUCCUGUGUGACCUGAUGCAACUGGAUAAUCUGUAAAAUAAAAUAAAAUGUUUCAGUUUGUUCUCGUUUUC